CGUCAAUCACAGAUUUCAGCCAUCCAGCAUUUGCCGCUUGUACCUUGGAAAUUUCAAGAUUAGAGUUCUCCGACAAUCUCUGUAAAGAACGGUCGUUCUUGACAGCGAACCGAAUAAGCAUUCUGUCCGGUCACCGAUUACGACAAUUCACUUCCACAAUGCCGGCCAUUCGAACUUCUCGGCCUGACAUUAUCAUCAGGGUUCCUAGGGCUAUCAAUCUACCAAAACAAUCGAAAGAAACGGAAGACGGCAGCGGAGAAGGAAAAGAAGAUCAACAAUCAGCUGAUCAUACAACACAAAUCGCCUCACCCUACAAUCCAGAGGCUUCAGGGUCAACACCUUCGCGGCGAUCUGCUUCACCAGUAAAAGGAGGACGAUCCGAAGAUCAUCUGCGAGUAGGUCCAUCAACCGGAGAAGCAAAAGAACAAAGCAGUAUCCCUCCCUCAAGAUAUCAAUAUGCCAGUCAAGCAACCUCUUCAGCUGAAUGGAAUAGUUUAUUGAUUUGGGCAAGAAGACAAAGAGGUCCACAAUGGGAUUCUGCGACUGGAAUGUGGCAAGUUGAUCAAGGUUCAACGGAAUAUUAUGCGUUUAGCAAUGAUCCUGCAAGACAUACAAAACUUUCAUAUAAUUUGCAUCAACAUCACGAAGCCGAUCAAGAGACGCAAGAUGGCAACUUAACACAAGAUGGAAUGGAACAAGAUUCAAAAGCAUCGAUGCCUGAAGUAGGAUCAAUACAGGGUACUAUGGACGGUCAUCAUCAUCCUGGUCAUCAUGAUUUUCAUAAUAAUACACCUUUUAAUCUUUCUAGCUCAGCCGGAGGAGCAGGAGGUUCGAUACCGAUCGGAUACAAUGAAGAUUCUCCACCGCCCAUGGGUCCUGGAGGAAGGCGAGCAAGGGCUCGUUAAUGGUCAUGAUCGUAAUUGUAUAAUAGUGUCACAUAUUGAAAUAGAAGCUUAUUCUGGGGUUAAUGGCUCAACGCGCUUUAAAGGGCGUAUGCACACGUGAUUCGCAUAAUUUUUAAUCAG